AAAGAAGGGAGGAGAAAGGAACAUCUGGACCUUGUAAGCAAAAUGGCCAUUAGACUUUAGCUCUAGAAAAGAUUUUGUCCAGUUUCUCAAUUCGGUAGUGUUAGUUGAUAAAACUGGAGUAAAAAGUGGAGAGACAUUAAAACAGCUACAGUAUUCCAUGGCACAUUUUCCAUCUCAAUGCUCUCUCACAGAAGUCCCAUGACAAAUACUGCAAACUAGCAAAACACAGCAUUCCAACAUCAUCUGUAGAAAGUGAUGAGGGAGUAACAGGAAGUAUUCAAACAAUGAGUGGCUGUUCUGUUAAUCCUGUGUUCAUCAUAAUUUGCUUCAUGUCUGGUUUUGUGGCAAGUGAGCUAAGACUGUCUAGACAAGGAAUGAAUGACAGUCAACUCAUUGAAUGCUGCCCUGAAUUCAGAGUUAAACGUGCCUGGAUUUGGAACCAACUGUCAGUUGCGGAAGAAGAUCCAACUCCAAAAAUAAUCGGACAGCUGAAAUCAACCUACGACACAGGAGACUUUGCCAUUAAGUACAUCCUGUCUGGAGAGGGAGCUGGAGAGAUCUUUAACAUUGAUGAAUUCAGUGGUGAAAUCCAUAUUCAUAAGAGUCUGGACAGGGAAAAAAAGCCAUUCUACGUGCUCCAUGCUGAAGCUAUUAACCGCAGAACUGGCCACCCAUUGGAGCUUGAGUCAGAGUUCAUCAUCAAAGUCCAGGAUAUUAAUGACAAUGCUCCAGAGUUCAUAAAUGAACCCUACACAGCCAGUAUCCCUGAGAUGAGUCCAAUGGGGACUACAGUGGUUCAAGUGACAGCCACAGAUGCAGAUGAUCCCAUGUUUGGAAAUAAUGCAAAAGUCAUUUAUUCCAUUCUGCAAGGAGAGCCCUACUUCUCAGUGGAACCAAAGACAGGUAUAAUAGUAACUUCUUGGCCAAACAUUGACAGAGAAGCAAGCGAGAAAUACCUUGUUGUUAUUCAAGUAAAAGAUAUGCUUGGAUUUACUGGAGCCUACAGUGCUACAACAACAGUGACCAUUACCCUUACUGAUGUAAAUGACAAUGGACCAACCUUUCAACAUAACAUGUACACAUUCGCUAUAAUGGAAUCAGCACCAGUUGGCACCACAGUUGGUAGGGUCAUGGCAGAGGAUGCUGAUGUUGGUGUGAAUGCUAGGAUGAACUACACUCUAGAUGAUUUGGAAGAAAGUGCCACUUUCAGGGUCCAGACAGACCCUGCCACACAAGAGGGUAUAGUGAUACUGGCAAGACGUUUAGAUUAUGAGAGCAAGAGGCGCUUUGUGAUUGCCAUAGAGGCCAUCAAUUCUUUUGUGGACACCAGAUUCCUAAGCCUUCAUGAAUUCCGGGACAGGACAAUGCUCAAAAUUCUGGUGUUGGAUGUGGAUGAGCCCCCUGUCUUUUCUGAACCUUUCUAUGAGUGGAAAGUUCUAGAGAAUGCACUUGUUGGUACAUUGGUUGGCACAGUAUAUGCCAGAGAUGCAGAUGCUGCCAAUUACCCUAUCAGGUUGUCAAUAUCGAAAAACAGUGAUUUGAAGAAUGUCUUCAUGAUUGAUGCCAACAAUGGAACAGUGUCCCUUGUCAAACCUUUGGACCGAGAGACUACAGCAUGGCAAAAUCUUACUGUUAUUGCUGAAGAAAUAAAAAAAAAUCAGCUCUCCUCAGUUACUGUGGUCAUUAAAGUCCUAGACGUCAAUGACAACAUCCCCACUCUGUCCCGAGACUAUCAACCCUAUGUGUGUGAAGGCACGCAUGCAGGAGAAGUUAUCCAGGUUAUAAGUGCUGUGGAUGCAGAUGAUCCAGAAGAAGGUCAUCAUUUUUAUUUUUCUAUGGUGGCAGACAACAGCAUUAACCCCAACUUCACCAUCAGGGACAACCAAGACAACACAGCAGGCAUUUUGACCCGACGUAGCACAUUUUCACGUCGUGAUCAGAUACUGUAUUAUUUCCCUGUGGUUAUAACAGACAGUGGCUCUCCUGCUUUAUCUGGCACUACCACCUUCACCAUCAGUGUGUGUGUAUGCUAUUCUGGAGGACACUGCCCAUCUAGUGAAAUGGAAUCAUUGGCCCUAUCUAUGGGUGUCAGUAUGCAGACACUCCUAGGCCUCUCUGUAUGCCUCGUCACAGUAAUAGUGCUUGCUUUACUAAUUGUAGCUAUAUGGAGACACAGGCCCGUACAACAGGAGAAAUUUACUGUCCAGAAACUUGAUAAAAAGAAGCACUCAGACAAAAACAUGCAUUUCUUUGAGCAUGAGGAUAUUCUAGAUGGACCCGGCUCUAGCCAGUUAAUUCCACUGAGGCCACACCCACCCUGCCACAAGGACACAUUCUGUAGAAAGGAAGUGGUAGCAAGUCUACGCCUGUCUCUAUGCCACUCACAACAUAUUGGUCCAGAGAAUGAAGUCUUCCGCCAGUUUAUUAUAGAGCGACUCGCUGAGGCUGACCAAGACCCCUGUGUUCCUCCUUUCGACUGCCUGCACACUUAUGCUUUUGAGGGGACUGGGUCACUCACAGGCUCCCUUAGCUCACUGGAAUCAUCAAACCUUGACCCUUAUUUUAAUCAACCCUAUAACCCAGCCCCAGGGUUUUUGAGACUGUCUUGCUGGCAGGGUACAAGUGAUCAUGAGACUUCUUUUUAGCUAGACACUAUUGUUAGUGACUCUUGGACAUGAUUAUUUAGAUCUUUGGCAUGAAGCUAUAAAUAAGAUUUAUUACUUGACUAAAUACUUGACAAGCUAUAUUAGAAAUUAACUUUACUUAAUACACUUUAACUAAUUAACUUUAGUUUCCCUUAAGAAAGACAUUAAAGGCUUUGCUAACACCAGAAAUCAUUGAAUUUUGUGUUGUCUAUUUUCUGGAAAAGUACUGAUGGUGGAGAUACUUAAUUCUAAAAUUUUAAUAAAAUGGUGUGUAGAAAGAAAUACAAACUAAUGUUAGAAGCAUAUUUUAUCUAAUUAAAUAUAUUUCAACUGAAGAAUUUAUUAUUAUUUUCUUUUAAUUUUUUUUGAUUUUUUUGGUUCUUAGCAAAACAUGUUAACAUAGCGUUCAAUAACAUAUUGUGUGGUAGCUGAAUUUAAAAAUUUUGUUACGGAUUCAAUCAUAUAUUUAUUAUCAGAUUACAUAAAUGGAAUACAUUAUUUAAAUAUACUUGAUUCUAGUUACUGUCUAAGCUACAAUAGCAGCAAUAAUGAAUUUCCAUUGGAUGUCCUAUUGGGAGCCAGGAUAUA